GCGGAGCCACAACCUUUUUUAUACCCGAGAUGCGUUUUUGCGGAUCGGCAGACACUCAGAUAGCAACACACAGAUAAAACCCCUGCAAGUCCACACAAAAACACACACAAGGCAAUGCCCUCCAACUGCAACUUUUGAUGCGAACCGUGCGGCACCCGCUGAGAGGCCCCCGGGAAUACCCACUUGACUGAUAGUUUAAACUACUACUAAAGUAAACCACACGGAAUACGGCAGAACACACAAACAACUUUUAAUUAUUGUUAAGAACAACAACAACAAAAACAACAACAAACAACAACGAUCCGCAAAUGCCAAAUAUGUGUGAAGGCUGAACACAUACAACACACGAAACACUGAGAGACCGAGAGACAGAAAUACUGAGAAUUAUACCCAGUAGAAGGCUCAAAAGUUGGGAACAGCAAUCACAACUCAUCGAAGCAUCAUCACCAUCAUCACAAUCAUGGGCAACAAGUGCUGCAGCAAGCGGCAGGAUCAGGAAUUGGCUCUGGCCUAUCCCACGGGCGGCUACAAGAAGUCCGACUACACCUUUGGCCAGACGCACAUCAACAGCGGCAGUGGCGUUGGCGCCGGCGGCCUUGUUCAGAAGCACAACAAUGGCGGCUCCCUGGAUUCGCGCUACACCCCCGAUCCCAAUCAUCGUGGGCCACUGAAAAUUGGCGGCAAGGCAGGCGUUGACAUCAUUAGGACCCGCACCACACCAACUGGUGUGCCUGGUGUCGUCCUGAAGCGCGUUGUGGUGGCCCUCUACGACUACAAGUCCCGCGAUGAAUCCGACCUGAGCUUCAUGAAGGGCGACCGCAUGGAGGUCAUCGACGACACCGAGUCCGAUUGGUGGCGCGUCGUCAAUUUGACUACGCGCCAGGAGGGACUCAUACCGCUGAACUUUGUGGCCGAAGAGCGGAGUGUCAACAGCGAAGACUGGUUCUUUGAGAACGUGCUGCGCAAGGAGGCGGACAAGCUGCUGCUGGCGGAGGAGAAUCCACGUGGCACAUUCCUGGUGCGCCCCUCCGAACACAAUCCCAAUGGCUACUCGUUGUCGGUGAAGGACUGGGAGGAUGGACGCGGCUACCACGUGAAGCACUAUCGCAUCAAGCCGCUGGACAAUGGCGGCUACUACAUAGCCACCAAUCAGACAUUUCCCUCGCUCCAGGCUCUGGUCAUGGCCUACAGCAAAGAAAAUGCCCUCGGCCUGUGUCACAUACUGUCGCGUCCCUGCCCCAAGCCCCAGCCACAGAUGUGGGAUCUGGGGCCAGAGCUGCGAGACAAGUACGAGAUACCACGAUCGGAGAUUCAACUGCUGCGGAAACUGGGACGCGGCAACUUUGGCGAGGUCUUCUAUGGCAAGUGGCGCAACAGCAUCGAUGUGGCGGUCAAGACGCUGCGCGAGGGAACCAUGUCCACGGCUGCAUUCCUCCAGGAGGCGGCCAUCAUGAAGAAGUUUCGUCACAAUCGCCUGGUGGCACUCUACGCAGUUUGCUCGCAGGAGGAGCCCAUCUACAUUGUGCAGGAGUACAUGUCCAAGGGCAGCCUGCUGGACUUUCUACGCGAAGGCGAUGGCCGCUACUUGCAUUUUGAGGAUCUCAUUUAUAUAGCCACGCAGGUGGCCAGCGGCAUGGAGUAUCUAGAGUCCAAGCUGCUCAUCCACCGCGAUCUGGCGGCCCGCAAUGUUCUCAUUGCCGAUAAUAAUGUGGCGAAGAUUUGUGAUUUCGGACUGGCGCGUGUCAUUGCCGACGACGAGUACUGUCCCAAGCAGGGCUCCCGCUUCCCCGUCAAGUGGACGGCGCCCGAGGCCAUCAUCUACGGCAAGUUCUCGAUCAAGUCGGAUGUCUGGUCCUACGGCAUACUGCUGAUGGAGCUGUUCACGUACGGACAGGUGCCCUAUCCGGGCAUGCACAGUCGCGAGGUGAUCGAGAACAUCGAGCGCGGCUUCCGUAUGCCAAAGCCAACCAAUCACUACUUCCCCGACAACAUCUACCAGCUGCUGCUGCAGUGCUGGGAUGCGGUGCCCGAGAAGCGGCCGACCUUUGAGUUCUUGAAUCACUACUUUGAGUCGUUCUCGGUCACGUCCGAGGUGCCGUAUCGAGAGGUGCAAGACUAAGAGGAGUACCCAAACACCACACACCACACACACCCCCCACUUCACAUAAACACACACGCAAACAUACAACACAUAUAUAGUACAUAAAGUUAUACAUAUAUUAUACAUUUAUAUGCAUAUUUACUAUAAUUCGUAAGACUUUUUAAAAUGGCAUCGUUGCAUACCAACCAACCAACCAGCAGACAUGCAACUAAAUGAAACUCUACUCUAAAUGUAUGUGUUUAAGCGUAUUCAAACAACAAUUGAGAAAAACAACCAACAGAAAAACCAAACAAAGGCAAAAACACACAAAAAAAGAAACCACAAAAUUUUAUAUUUUACACGCAAAACUAUUUUAUAAUUUAUAUACCUAAAUGUAUGUACUAUGGAAAUAGCAAGUAUUUAACUAGUUUUGUAAGCUUAACAAGAAGUGGAAGCGGAAGCAAAAGCAGAAGCUGGGCCGAAGAAAAUUGAAUUUCUUAUCGAAUACACAGCAGCCUCUAACGAUUUAACGCUAAUGCUACUUUAAACGGUCCUUAGGUGCAUUUUAUGUAUAAACAAAAAAGGAAAAACCAAACCAAACCAAUCUACAAAUCAAACUCAAAACUCUUUGGAACUCCUGCUACUCCGCCCUCUGCUGAAUAGAUUUUUCCCCCUCUACUUUCCAUGUGUACACGCGACUUUAUAUCGACUAAGCCAAGUAUUAUUUAACUCAAAUCAAUCAAUCACGACACUUGUGUAUUUUGAAAUUGUUGCUAAAUGAUGAAACUCCAAUGAUGGCAUUUACUUAUAAGGCGGCCCCACGUCUCCGUCUCCUACUUCCAUGUCAACCAGACCUAUCUAUCUAUGAAAGAAACAGACAACAAAUAUGAAUACUAUUUUGCUGCUUCCUCCGAGUAGUUGAGAGGCUAAGAAAACAAAUUGCAUUUUGUACAAAUCAUUA